CUGAUUCCGCGCGCUUUGCUCCCGCAGUCCGUUUCUUUUCUUUGCUUUUUUUUUUUUUCUUCUUUUUGUGACAAAAAGUUCGUCAUGUCGCUGCCUCGACAGCUGCGGGACGAAAGUGACUUUGACCAGCUCCCUCACAACAUCCCCAUCAGCGCCACCAUCGCUGAUAUUGAGGAGAAGAAAGGCUUCAUAGACUACUUCACUUUUGCGAUUGAGGUGAAGACUAAAGGAGGGAGCAAGUACCUGAUCUAUAGAAGGUACAGAGAAUUCUUCAACCUCCACCAGAACCUGGAGUCCAAGUAUUCUCCUGAAGAUCCAGACAAACCUGGUCCCAACACCUGCGUCCUUCCUCCUCUUCCAGGAAAGAUCUUCAUCGGCAACAAGCGGGAGAUUGCAGAGAGCAGAAUUCCAGAACUCAACACGUAUAUUAAGAGGUUACUGGGUCUGCCAAUAUGGGUGCUGCUCGACGAGGCUCUGAGGAUGUUUUUCUACCAGACGGACCAGGACAGCCAACAUCAGCCACGAGCCCUGCGGCGUCUCCGUCCACCUACUCGCAGAGUGAAAACGGUCAAACCAAAGAUGGAUCUCUUCUCUUCUCCCAGAGCUGAGGUGAUGUUUGACUUUCGCGGCAGCAGCAAGCUGGAGUUGAACCUGAAGAGGGGAGAGGUGAUCUUCCUGCUGCGCCGAGUCAACGCUGACUGGCUGGAGGGAACGGUGAACAAUCAAACAGGUAUUUUCCCAGAAUCCUUUGUGAAGAUCAUUAAGCCCCUCCCAGAGAGUGAUUUGGAUGAGGAGGAAAGUGAAGGCCACACCUACAGCUGUCUGCGCUGCUACCUGCUCACACCUGCCGGAGUGGAAUCCAGAGAUGUGUGUGUGCAAGAGGACAUCAACAUCCAGCCAACUUACAACGAGUUACUGUCUCGUAUGAGAAGCGUUUUCAAGGUGGAUGACAUCGCUCUCAACUACCACGACCCUGAAGACGACCUGAUCCGUAUUCUGGAUGAUGAGGACGUCCAGCUGAUGAUCUGGGAGAGCAGACGUCAGCAGGGCAAAGCCAAGAGGCCUGUUAAUCAGUUUCCAUGGGAACUGUAUGUGUCCAUGACGUCUGACCUUUCUGUUUACAACACUGAAGCCUAAGAGAAGAAAAGUGGGCGAAUCCACGGGAAGUACAGAAAAUAUUUAACAUUUCCACACCAGAACAUGAACCUCAGCUGAGAAGGAACUCUAAUUCCUUCAAAAUGUUUGUCUAUAGGUUUAGUAUGUACCGUAGUCUAAAUAUUUUAUGUCAUAGUGAACUUUUUUU